GUGGUGGAGAGCGCACUUUAAACGGCUGCUGCUACACGGCACCCUUGAAAGGCUUGCUUCCUUUUGGCUCCGGAAGCUCUGUCUGUCCGUGGUACUGAGAAAGUUUCCGACUGUUACCGCUGCCUGGCACCUAGUGCGUAAAGAACCGAUCUUCGACUAUAUGGGCGUGGCACGGUGCUGCGAAGUGCUGCUCUUCGUGGCGGCAGUGAGCUGCGGCAGGGCUUACGACGUGGAGAAAGUGACCCGUCUGGGACGAGUCGGAGGAAACCGGCUGGAUCUGCUGGGACAGAAGGUGGAAGAGUACCGGGGCAUUCCAUUCGCGCAGCCACCCGUAGGCCGGCUACGAUUCCUUCCACCCCAGCCAGCCAAGCCUUGGGAUGGAAUCCUGGACGCAACGAGCAAGCGGACGGCUUGCCCGCAGGUCGUGUUCAGCGAAUUCAUGGCGGGUGAGAUCGAAUACACUGAAGAUUGCUUGCAUCUGAACGUUUGGAGUCCUGCUAGUCGCGACGGCGAUCUAGCUCCAGUAGUGGUGUGGAUUCACGGAGGCGGCUUCACUCAGGGAUGCGCGAGCUACGACAACUACACCGGGGCUCCACUUGCUGCCAAGACUGGCCUAGUUGUCGUCUCAAUGAAUUACCGUCUGGGAAUCCUGGGUUUCCUUGACGCGAACAGCCCUGAAGCACCUGGCAACAUGGGUCUUAUGGAUCAGAGUCUGGCUCUGAAGUGGAUCCGGGAGAAUAUCCGUGACUUCGGUGGUGACCCGUCAAGAGUGACUAUAUUAGGAGAGAGUGCUGGAGGAAUGAGUGCCCAUGCGCAUGUACUAUCUCCCGUGAGUCGUGGCCUAUUCCAGAGGGCGUACAUGAUGAGCGGAACACUGCACACCCUAGACUUCUUCGAUGCCACCCAUGAGAGCAUUAGCAAGGGCAACAAGGUUGCAUCCGUUGUAGGUUGUUCAGGUGGGGACCGAAGCCUAGGAUCUAAUGCUGAAGCCGUGAUCGACUGCCUCAGAACAAAAAGCGCCGACGAACUGGUGCUCGCCGCAGCCGAAUCUCUUGCACCCAAGAUAUUUCUAUUUUUGCCAACCUACCACAACGAAUUCCUGCCCAAGGUACCCACUGUCGCAAUCAGCAAGGGGUUCUUUCAUAACGUCGACAUCGUCCUAGGAGUCACCGAGGACGAAGGGGUGCUUUCUCUGAUUUAUCCUCUUAGAAGCGAGCUGCUUCCUGACGACGUGGAAGGCCUUGACGAAAAGAUAUUUAAGCACUCUCUGCAUGAAGGCGUAUUCUCGUGGCUCAAGAUGGACUUUCCGGAAAUGUUGGAGAAGUACACAGCAGAGGCCCAGGACAAAUUUUCCCUGAGGCGCGGCUACGUUGACUACAUUUCCGACUCUGUUUUCGUCUGUCCCAUGCAUUUCACGGCAGAAAAGCACGCGGACCGUGGUCAGACCGUGUAUUCGUACGUCUUUGGUCACAAGUCAGCUAAAAACCCGCUUCCUGCCUGGAUGGGGACUCCGCAUGCAUUUGACAUAAACUAUAUCUUCGGAGUCCCCCUUGUCAAUAAGGAACGGUUCGAUGAUGAAGAUGCUGCUGUGUCAGAAGUUGUGGUUACGGCUUUGAAGACCUUCGCUGCUAAUGGGGUACCAGAACUACCUAUGAAGAAACCAUGGCCUAAGUACACGGCCGACAGUCCGGUUUCCGUGUACAUCGACUACGAAAACAUCACCGAUAUCAAGGGAUUCCGCGAAGAGCAGUGCGGGCCAUGGAGAUCUUACCUGUAGGGUUGCGAAGACUUACAAUAGCGCCAACUCUGCGCUCUCCUUUUGCAUCAAGGAAGCUUGUUUACUACAUCAUGUUGCAUGCGUGC